CACAGCUGCAACCAUCACAGACUCAGUGUCACCUGCACAAUGAGGAGCGUGAUCUUGACGGCGUCUUUGCUUCUCUGUUUCCUCGACAGGAGCCUUGUCUCGGGAUUAAAGAUUCGGUCUGUGGAGGCGCAGCCUGGUGAAGACGUCAAACUGCUGUGCUCCAACUUUUCCACUAUUCCUGUACGAAUAACCUGGUUUAGAGUGACCAAUACAUCACAUCUCUACGAUAUCGCCUCCAUGUUCGAAUCACAAAAGGACAUGAAGAACGGUGAAGGAUUUCCAAAAGAGAAAUUUGUAAUGAGCUCCAACAUGUCUGUGGUAUUUCUGACCAUCAAGACAGUCAACGUAUCGGACUCUGGACUGUACUUCUGUGGAUACUACAUUUCAAGGAGUCCUGUAAUUACUGAAGCAACACAUUUAGAAGUUCACGGGUUCAGCACAUUAAAGUACUUGCCGGUUGGGAUCCUGAGUGCUGUGACUGUUCUCCUCAUGAUGGCCAUCAUUUAUCUGGUUGUUAAGAUGAAAAGACUCCAAAAAGGUCGUGGCGAAUCAAGCCCGAAUCCACACCACCAGGGACGAGGCGAAGAUGAUCUGGACUACGCAGCUCUGACGAUUCGUCCAAAAACGGAAAACGACAGCAGCCCGUCACCAGACAGAGACACCGAUCUGAGUGUGAUCUAUUCAGCCCCCAGACGGGCUCAGGAAGCACCUGAAGCUUCAAACCUCAUGAGGAACUGAUGCAGAAAGAUCAGGCUGCUGUUUUUAACCAUCGUCUGACACCGGGGGAAGUUAAAUAACAUGCAGCCUGCACGAUGAUGUCCAAGCUAAAGACUGCUGCAUUCCUGAGUUUCCAGACCCCCACCCCCAACGUUCUUCCGCUGUUUGAAUGGUGUGCACUCAUUUCUACAAUGAAAGACGUUCUUUCAUCGCGUAAAAAACUGUUUGUAUUUUGUUUUUGUUUUGUUUUUGUUUUUUUGAAUAAAAAAAUUUUUUGUUUCC